AUGAAUAAAUUCUUUGUAGUUUUGUGUGUUGCCCUUGUGGCUUCGGCUUCCGCCAAACCUGGCUAUAACUAUCAACAGCCACAAAAGGUCCAGACUGGCACUGUCUCGGGAGGUAACUUUAAACAACAAAUCUUCCGUCCUUCUCAACCAGCAAGUAACAAUGCUGUUUUCUCCGUAGUCCAAUCUCCUGCUUUGACUUCAUUCACCGGUCCAGCUCCAGCUCAAGUUGUAACCCAAACUACUCAAACUGCUCCACAAUUUACCCAACAAUUCACAGGCCCAGCUCCCCAAUUUGUUGGUACUGUUCAACAGCAGCAGCAACAACAAUUUGUUGCCCCAGCUGUCCAACAUCAACAACAACAAUUUGUUGCCCCAGCUGUCCAACAGCAACAACAACAAUUUGUCCAACAACAACAAUUCGUUGCCCCAGCUGUCCAACAACAACAAUUUGUUGCUCCAGCCGUUCAACAACAAGUCGUCAGCCAACCCAUCUACACCCAACCCCAACAACAAACCAUCAUUUCCAAGGACAUCUAUGUUCACUCUGCCCCCGAAGAAGUUGAAGAAAUCGGCAACGAUUCCAACGUACCAUUGGGUCCCAUCCGCAAGAACUACCGCAUUGUCUUCAUCAAGGCCCCAGCCCAAAACCUUAAAUUGAACUUGGAAUCCCUGAAACGCGCUCAAGCCUCCAACGAAGAAAAGACCGUCAUCUAUGUCUUGUCCAAGAAACCCGACCUCACCGAAAUCCAAAACCAAUUGUCGGUUGUCCAAAACGAACAGAAAUCCCACAAACCCGAAGUCUUCUUCAUCAAGUACAAGACUCAGGAAGAGGCCAACCGUGCUCAACAAGAAAUCCAAGCUCAAUACGAUUCUUUGGGUGGUUCCACCCACAUUUCCGAUGAAGGCGUUGCUCCCGUUACAUCAGUCAUUGGCGGUGGUGUUGUUAACAUUGGCAAUGCUGGCAGCAACUUGGGUGGUGGCUCUGUUACAUUCCAAGGCGGAAACACCUUCGGUCACCAACACCACCAACAACAGCAACAAUUCGUCCAACAAUCCUUCCAAACCUCCCAAACUUCUGUCGCUACUUCUGUUCCCAACCAGAAGUACUUACCAGCCCAGAAGAAAUAA